CAUGCGCGGAAGCAGGGGGGGCCCAAGCGGCGGGCUCGUCAUCUGCCCCGCGGGGUGUUGCGGUGCGGGUGUCGCUGAGGGGCGGGGGCACCGCGUUUGUGGUCGUCAUGGGCGAGACCGAGAAGCUGUAUUAUGUGUAUAGCUGCGACCUGGACAUGAACGUGCAGCUGAAGAUAGGAAGUCUGGAAGGGAAAAGAGAACAGAAGAGUUACAAAGCUCUCUUGGAAGACCCAAUGCUGAAGUUCUCAGGACUGUAUCAAGAGACUUGCUCUGACUUGUAUGUAACUUGUCAGGUGUUUGCAGAAGGGAAGCCUCUUGCUCUUCCAGUUAGAACUUCCUACAAAGCGUUUAGCACUAGGUGGAACUGGAAUGAGUGGCUGAAACUGCCUGUGAAGUAUCCAGACUUGCCUCGCAAUGCUCAGGUGGCUCUAACCAUUUGGGAUGUGUAUGGGCCUGGUAAAGCAGUUCCUGUUGGAGGAACAACAGUCUCACUCUUUGGGAAAUAUGGUAUGUUUCGUCAAGGAAUGCAUGAUUUGAAAGUCUGGCCCAAUGUAGAAGCUGAUGGCUCGGAACCCACCAGAACUCCUGGGAGAACCAGCAGCACAGUCUCUGAAGAUCAAAUGAGCCGCUUGGCAAAGCUCACAAAAUCUCAUAGACAAGGUCACAUGGUGAAAGUGGACUGGCUGGACAGACUGACCUUUAGAGAAAUAGAAAUGAUCAAUGAGAGGGAGAAACGAAGUUCUAAUUUUAUGUACCUGAUGAUUGAAUUCCGUUGCGUCAAGAGUGAUGAUAAAGAAUAUGGAAUAGUUUACUACGAAAAGGAUGGUGAUGAGUCAUCCCCAGUUUUAACAAGUUCUGAAAUUGUUAAGAUUCCAGAUCCACAAAUGUCUAUGACAGUGCCUAAGUACAGUUCUAGAAAAGAUUUCCAUUAUUGUGGAUGCCAAUUCAGUGGGACUGGUAUUGGCAGCUUUGGGAACCUUAAUGAAAACUUAGUAGAAAGCAAACAUCACAAGCUUGCUCGAAGCUUAAGAAGUGGACCUUCUGACCAUGAUCUGAAGCCUAAUGCAGCAACUCGAGAUCAGCUUAAUAUCAUUGUGAGUUAUCCGCCAACAAAACAGCUAACAUAUGAGGAACAAGAUCUAGUUUGGAAAUUCAGAUAUUACCUUACUAACCAGGAGAAGGCCUUGACAAAAUUCUUAAAAUGUGUUAACUGGGACCUACCGCAAGAGGCAAAGCAAGCACUGGAGCUACUGGGCAAGUGGAAACCAAUGGAUGUGGAGGACUCCUUAGAACUUCUGUCAUCUCACUUCACAAAUCCAACAGUACGACGAUAUGCUGUUGCUAGACUUCAGCAGGCUGAUGAUGAGGAUUUACUGAUGUACCUGCUGCAGCUCGUCCAGGCAUUGAAAUACGAAAACUUUGAUGACAUAAAAAAUGGACUGGAACCUAGCAAGAGGGAUAGUCAAGGUUCAAUGUCAGAAAGCAUGACAACAUCUGGAACUAAUGGUACAGAAAUAGACAGUUCCCAGAUCAUGACUCCUAUUCCAUCUGUCUCCUCACCACCUCUAACUUCAAAAACGAAGGAACCUGCAGACAAUGAGAACCUUGAUCAAGACCUUUGCACUUUCUUGAUAUCACGAGCAUGCAAAAAUUCUACGUUGGCAAACUACUUAUACUGGUAUGUAAUUGUGGAAUGCGAAGACCAAGACACUCAGCAGAGGGACCCAAAGACUCAUGAAAUGUACUUAAAUGUUAUGAGAAGAUUCAGUCAAGCUUUGCUAAAGGGUGAUAAGUCUGUCAGGGUUAUGCGUUCAUUAUUGGCAGCUCAGCAGACAUUUGUGGAUCGGCUGGUUCAUGUAAUGAAAGCAGUGCAGCGUGAAAGCGGGAAUCGUAAGAAAAAGAAUGAGAGGCUUCAGGCAUUGUUAGCAGAUAACGAGAAGAUGAAUUUAGCAGAUAUGGAACUUAUUCCUCUUCCUCUGGAACCUCAGGUGAAAAUUAAAGGAAUAAUCCCUGAAAAAGCCACACUCUUCAAGAGUGCCUUAAUGCCUGCUCAGUUAUUCUUCAAGACAGAAGAUGGCGGCAAAUAUCCUGUAAUUUUUAAGCAUGGAGAUGAUCUACGUCAAGAUCAACUUAUUCUUCAGAUUAUUUCACUUAUGGAUAAGCUGCUAAGGAAAGAAAACCUGGAUUUGAAGCUGACGCCAUAUAAAGUGCUGGCAACUAGUACAAAACAUGGCUUCAUGCAGUUUAUUCAGUCAGUGCCAGUUGCAGAAGUUCUUGCUACUGAGGAAAGUAUACAGAACUUCUUUAGGAAGCAUGCACCCAGUGAGACUGGACCUCAUGGGAUAAGUGCAGAGGUGAUGGACACAUAUGUUAAGAGUUGUGCUGGUUAUUGUGUAAUUACUUAUAUCCUUGGAGUUGGAGACAGACAUCUGGAUAAUCUUUUACUAACAAAAACAGGGAAACUAUUCCAUAUUGACUUUGGGUAUAUUUUGGGCCGGGACCCUAAACCUUUACCUCCCCCGAUGAAGCUGAAUAAGGAGAUGGUGGAAGGCAUGGGAGGCACACAGAGUGAACAGUACCAGGAGUUCCGUAAGCAAUGCUACACAGCCUUUCUCCAUCUCCGCAGGUACUCCAACUUGAUCUUGAACUUAUUUUCCCUUAUGGUGGAUGCCAACAUUCCAGAUAUUGCUCUUGAGCCUGACAAGACUGUAAAAAAGGUACAGGACAAGUUCCGUUUGGAUCUUUCUGAUGAAGAAGCUGUCCAUUAUAUGCAGAGCCUAAUUGAUGAGAGCGUCCAUGCCCUCUUUGCAGCUGUGGUGGAACAAAUUCAUAAGUUUGCACAGUACUGGAGAAAAUAAUCCUUUUGUGGGUGGAAACAAGCCUCAGCAAACAUCCAAGUAUAAAGUUCUCAAGCCUUUAUGGAUUUCACCAAACAGUUUUGGAUGGCAGAAGUUUAAGACUUUGGAGAGUGGAGAACUGGGAGCUCAGGAGAAGCUUUUUGAGUCUUUGUUCUUUGAAGGUUUAAAAAUAACUCUUUUUUUUAAUUUUUUUUUUUUUUUUUUUUUUAUGAGGAGUGUUUGUUUAUACCAUCCAUCAGGCAUGGGUACUCUGGAAUUUCUUUCUGGUGUAAUGUAUGAACCUCAAAGGUUGAGGUACACAACUUCCUCCCAGUUUACCUGGAAGAGGCUGGGUUUGAUGGCAAUAUUUUCUUAUUUAAAAACUGAAAUAGAUACUGUGCUGGUUAUGUGUAUGUACAAAGUGCAGCAGUCAAGGUAACUGUUCUUCACUGCAGAGAAAAACGGGAUUGUAAACCACUCUCCUCCUCCUCCUACCAACUUUGUUCCAGGAGUAAGUUUGAAAUAUGAUUUGUAUGAUCCUUUCUUUCCAACCUUGGGCAACGUUAUCAUUUAGAAAGGACAAUCAUUUCUUCCCUGCUUACAAAAAUGUUUUUAUCUGCUGAUAAGUUAGCCAGCUGUAGGCAGUCAAUUAAAUGAUCACUAACCGGCUCAGCAACCGUAAUGCACUGUAAGCAGUUCAGUAUUUCACACUUUAACUCUGAAUGUUUUCUGUGCAGUGAUUACCUAUUCUUGACUCUAAUAAACUCUUUGCUAUUACAGUCUU